AUGGCUAACAACCAAGCCCGCAUGUCCAUGUAUUCGGUCGCCUCCGAAUCCGCAGGCGGUCCUCGAGGUCCUGGCCAGCAAGCCAGCCAGGUCUCGACAACCACUCUGCUAAAUGGAACACACAACAUCUACUUGUCCUCUCAACCAUACCAACUCGAUGCUGCAACAAGUUUAGUAGUCAACACAUGGUUAACUGCUAUGCAAACUGGUGCAGAUGGGAACACAGGCGGUACCGUUGAUCCUGCACUGGCAGCUCGCGCUUGGGAACAUGCCCGGCGCCGUGCAGAGGACGGUUGCAUCGUCCUGAACUCUCUCCAUACAUCAGCGCCCUCUAUCCUGGCGCCGUUCCUCAGAUCUCUCCCACUCUCCAUCCCAUCCGCCGUUUAUACUGCCCUCGAGGCAAUCAGGCCAUUCCUUCACUGCGUCACCCCAUACAACCCAGCGACGCCACGCGAGGCAGCUCUUGGUGUGACAUUGAACCUGAACUUGGCAGGCAAUCUUACUGCCACGAAACUGGCUCUCUCUCAGGGCGGUAUUGAUACCAACAAGGGUCUCUUGAACAUCCCUUCUGAGGCUGGCUAUCGAGCAUUCGACGUGUUCUACUAUCUUCUCACAUCUGCGUCUACGCCAGCCGAGCGAGAGUUCCUUGGGCUCAAACCCGCAUCUACCUAUUCGCUCCUGGCUAGAUCCGGCACAUACAAUCCGCCGUCCUACCUCCCCACUGCUGACGACGCAGCAGCCGCCGACGAUUUCCGUGCUGCGCUGAAGGAGAUCGGAAUUAAAGGUUCUGCGCAUCGCAACUUCAUCUCCACUCUCGCUGGCCUUCUCAAGCUUGGCAACACAAUCGAUUACGGCGUGGAUGAAGAUGUUCUGGAUGAUGUUUGUGAAGAUGUUGGCGGUCUCCUCGGUCUCGACCCAGAAGUGCUGGCAGCCAAAUGCAGCACCGACGACAGGCGAACAUUGAUUGGAGGUCUCUAUGAGGCGCUGGUCGACUGGGUCAUUCUGAAGGCCAACGAGGCCAUCGCAAUUGCCAUAUCCCGGGCCCGUGACGGCGCGCCAUCUUCUGAUGGCCGCGGUGCCACGACUCCCACUCUUGAUGACUCUGAUACCGUCUGCAUUACCGUAAUUGAGAUUCCGGAUCCUACACUAGGAAAAGCUGUGGCCAUGCGCGGCAUUUUUGAUGAUUCGACGGGAAUUAACGCUGAGAUGAAAGAGGAUGGUGUGGAGGUGGCUGCAGCUGGAAGCUCUGUCUUACGAGAAAUGCAAAAUGCUAUCGCAGAGGUUGGUCCCGACCUAGGUAUCAUGACAGGUCCGAUCGGCCGAGAAAGAGAACAUGAGCUCGAGAAGCGAGAGACCAUUCUCGAGAAAGUUGCUCUUGCUGGGGACGAUGAUGGCUUCCUUAAGAAACUCCUCUUCCCAGUCGCUGGAGCGGGUAUCAACCUUGGACGAGCGGGAAGAUUUGACCUAACCUCAGUCCUGGCUAGCAGCCGUGCCUGGUAUCACCUCUCACUUCACCCAACAGAUGACUCGCCUGCUAGUCUAGCGGCUUUGCCUUCCAUCACUUCUGCAUGGUCUGCAGGCACUGUAUCGCGACAACUUCGGGCCUGGAGAUUGCCUGAAUGGGCGAAUCGCCGAAACAAGAACUUGGACUUCACAGCUGACUUUGACCUGGAGGAAUUUGCGACUAGAUUUGCUCCGCUGGGAUGCAGAGAUGGUCGCGAGGGCAUCGAAACAUGGAUUCUUGAGCGUGGCUGGAGCAACGGGGAGGUGGUCGUUGGGAAAGAACGUGUCUGGAUGCGCGAGACCGCCUGGUGGGAAGCUGAAAGCAUGCUCGACUUGAAGCCAGGUGAUAUGCCAAUGGGCGCCAGCAUGAUGCUCCCUCCUCCCACUGGGCCCGAAACUGGUUACUCCAAUGGUGGCAGUGGCUAUUUUGGCACCCCGAUGAUGGAUGGUAUGUCAAACGGCCGCCAUGACCAGUUGAUGGCCGGCAUGACACAUUCCCGCAACCAGAGCCAGAUCUCCAUGGGUCAGCACAUGCCUGCUCCGUCUAUUGCACCAACUGCAAUGCGAAACGUUAGCGCCGGUGACUAUGGUCUUGGUCACAAGGGAGACAACCACCGAGACCAAAUCUAUUACACCGGUGAUGGAGCUUUCAUAUCAAACAACUUGGAGCCUGAUCUUGCGGCGGGCAAGCAUGUCGAGACUCAAGAUACCACUUUUAGCCGAAGAGCAUGGGUUGCCUUCGUGUGGACCUUGACCUUCUGGAUACCCUCGCCUCUGCUCAAGUAUGUCGGCCGCAUGAAGCGACCUGAUGUCCGAAUGGCGUGGAGAGAAAAGUUGGUACUCGUAUUCCUCAUCGCGUUGGCCAAUGCCACCAUUAUUUUCUGGAUGAUUGCGUUUGGUAAACUCCUCUGUCCCAAUUCCGAUAAGGCUUGGGACCGAAGUGAGGUCAGCACACAUAUGGGAUCGACUGAUUUCUGGGUCAGCAUUCAUGGAAAAGUCUACGACCUGUCCAAAUUCUAUAAGCUGCAGCACAGUGACACGGAUACUGAAACCAGCUCGGAUAACAUGCAACAGUUCGCUGGUUUGGAUUUGAGCGAGUAUUUCAUCGCGCCACUGCCGCUGACUUGUCCUGGUCUUGGUAUCGCUGACACCACCGUCCUCCUACAGAACAGCACACCGGAGUUUACUGUAGGCGUCCACACCUCUGGGGCUCUACAGACCGAUUCAACCAGUAAGCUGUACUCAAGUACCUGGUACCGCGACUAUUUCCAGCCUAGAAUAAAGGAAUAUUACCAUGGUGACCUGGUCUGGGACAAGGCGGUUGUUGAAUCAGAGGGUUCUGACGAGAGCCACAUGUGGGUCAUCUACGAUGGUGGCAUCUACGAUUUGACAGAUUAUUUCGUCACCACUAAGUAUUACACUGACACUGCGCACAACUUUUUGGACUCAACUCUUACCACAAUCGUCUCCGAGAACCCAGGUCAAGAUGUUACAACUUUGUGGAAUAAUCAAAUCAAGAGCGUUCAGACCAACCAGACGGCCUAUGCUCUUGCUCAGAACAGUCUGAACUGUAUCAAGAACACCUUUUACCAAGGUAUUCCGGAUUUCCGUUAUAGCGCUCGUUGCCAGGUCAACAACUACCUGCUUCUUGCCUUCGCCGUCAUUCUAUGCGCCGUUAUUCUGUUGAAGUUCGUUUCGGCCCUGCAAUUCGGUUCCAAGCGACGACCUUCACCUCAAGACAAGUUCGUCAUCUGCCAGGUUCCAGCCUAUACAGAAGACGAAGACUCCCUCAGAAAGGCGCUCGACUCUCUCACAGCCCUCCAAUACGACAAUAAGAGGAAACUCAUCUGCGUUAUCUGUGAUGGUGUCAUUAUUGGUAAAGGCAAUGACCGUCCAACCCCGAAGAUUGUUCUGGAUAUCCUGGGUGUUGAUCCCAAGGUUGACCCUCCUGCCCUACCAUUCAAGUCUGUCGGGGCUGGUAAUGAACAACUGAACUACGGAAAGAUCUAUUCUGGUCUCUACGAAUUUGAAGGCAAUAUCGUGCCUUACAUGGUCAUUGUCAAGGUUGGUAAGGAGUCUGAACAGACCAAAUCCAAGCCUGGUAACCGCGGAAAGCGUGAUUCCCAGAUUCUGCUGAUGAGCUUCCUCAACCGUGUUCACCACCGUGCUCCAAUGAACCCCCUUGAGUUGGAGAUGUUCCAUCAAAUCAACAACAUCAUCGGCGUAGAUCCUGAAUUAUACGAGUAUCUGUUCAUGGUCGAUGCCGAUACCUCUGUCCGUGAAGAUUCAUUGAACCGACUCGUUGCAGCUUGUGCGAACAAUGCCAAGAUUGCUGGUAUCUGUGGUGAAACUGGUCUCCAGAACGAGGAACGAUCUUGGUGGAGUAUGAUCCAGGUCUACGAGUACUUCAUCUCCCAUCAUCUCUCAAAGGCUUUCGAAUCUCUCUUUGGUAGUGUUACUUGUCUUCCUGGAUGUUUCACCAUGUAUCGUUUACGCACCGCCGACAAGGGUAGGCCUUUAAUCAUCUCAGAUGCGGUCAUUCGCGAGUACGCUGUUUGCAACGUCGAUACUCUCCACAAGAAGAAUUUGCUGUCCCUUGGAGAGGAUCGAUUCCUUACCACGCUCAUGACGAAGCAUUUCCCUUACAUGUCAUACAAGUUCAUCGCCGAUGCAUACUGUGAAACUGCCGCCCCCGACGAGUGGAGCGUCCUUUUGUCUCAAAGACGACGAUGGAUCAACUCCACCAUCCACAACCUGGUCGAGUUGAUGAUGCUGAAGGAUAUGUGUGGUUUCUGUUGUUUCUCCAUGCGCUUUGUGGUCUUGAUCGAUCUUACUGGAACUAUCAUUCUGCCUGCCACUACCAUCUACCUGGGAUACCUCAUUUACCGUGUCGCUACCAAUAGCGGACAGUUCCCAAUGAUAUCCAUUAUCAUGAUAGCAGCUGUCUAUGGUCUUCAGGCACUUAUCUUUAUCCUGAAGCGACAAUGGCAGCACAUCGGUUGGAUGAUCAUUUAUAUUCUAGCAUUCCCGAUCUACUCAUUCAUCCUACCUAUUUACUCGUUCUGGAAGCAGGAUGAUUUCUCAUGGGGUAACACUCGUAUUGUCAUUGGAGAAAAGGGUAGCAAGCAAGUCAUCGCUGUCGGUGGAGAGACUUUUGAUCCCCGCUCCAUCCCACUCCAGCGUUGGGACGAUUAUGCAGCCUUGAACAACCUCCCUGGCCGCCGUGGUAAUUACUCUGAGAAGGCCGAGGUUCAGCCUUUCGAUGAUUCCUAUGAAAUGGAUGACAUGAAGUCUGUAUACAGUUCAGUCCGCCAGCAAUCCGUUCUCCACGGUCUGCAGGGCAACCGAGCUGGAUCUACGUACAUGCCUCCUAGCUCACAAUCUCCCGUACCUCACGGUUCCAUGAGGAAUUCUGGCUAUGCGCCAUACUCGGACAACCCUAUGCACCGCCAGUCCACCGCUUCCUUUGGCGAUAUUCAGCGUAUGCAUACCCCAUUCCAAGAGAGACCAAGCAUGUCAAACCUGCGUAGCGUCGCGAAUGCUUCGCCAUCUCGCGAUAUGCAUCGGCCAUCAUACCAAACCUUGGACUACCGGGGCGGGGCUCGUACACCUCUUGGCCAGGGCAAUAAUCAAAGCAUGGUCUCCUUCGACUUCCAACGUGGUAACGUGGGUCCUGAUGAUGGCAUGAUUAUCGAAGCCAUUCAAGCCACCCUCGGAGAAGUUGAUCUUGACACCGUCACCAAGAAGCAAGUCCGUGCUCUUGUCGAGCAACGACUGCAGACUGAACUUAACGGUGAGAGGAGGACUUUCAUGGACAGACAAAUCGACAACGAGUUGGCAAACAUGUAA